CCUCUGUGUGUCGUGUGACCACGCCCCCUGAAUACGCUCUAUUAAAUGUACAGGGACGGUGCCAGCCCUGGUUAAGCACUAAGCAGCUCCUGGCAUAGUAUAGAGGGGAGUGGAAGGUGAUCAGCCAGUCGCAUCUGUGAUAUGCAGUUCUGGGAUUAGACGUCUUCUAGAAAUCAGCACUUAUAGAUGUGGAUUGUUCCUGAGUGUGACAUCUUCAGCAUGGGAUUGUGGUCCAUAAGUAUUGGAGCUCUGGGAGCUGCAGUAGCUGGAAUAAUACUGGCCAACACUGAUUAUUUCCUUGCUAAAACUGCAAAAGCCACUCUGGACUAUCUAGGAGAUGCCGACCUAAAGACUAUAUCAGAAGAAUCAAGGUCUUUUAAAGCUAAAGAACUGUGGGAGAGCAAAGGAGCCGUGAUAAUGGCUGUGCGAAGACCAGGAUGUUUUCUGUGCAGAGAGGAGGCUGCAGGGUUGUCGGCACUUAAGCCAGAGCUUGACCAGCUUGGAAUCCCACUAUAUGCCGUUGUGAAAGAAAAGAUUGGAACUGAAAUAGAAGAUUUUCAGCCUUAUUUUAAAGGGGAGAUUUUUCUUGAUGACAAGAAACGAUUCUAUGGACCUCAGAAGAGGAAGAUGAUGUUCCUGGGACUGAUCCGAUUGGGAGUUUGGCAGAAUUUCCGCAGAGCCUGGAAAGCUGGAUUUGAAGGGAACCUUGAAGGGGAAGGUCUGAUCCUUGGAGGUGUAUUUGUGAUUGGCUCUGGAAAUCAGGGAAUCCUUCUGGAGCAUCGUGAGAUGGAAUUUGGAGAUAAGGCAAACUUGACAGCUGUACUUGAAGCUGCGACGAAGAUCAAGCAGUCUGGAUCCCAUUAAACGUGUGGAUGCUGCCAAAGAGGGCAGCAGUCUUUGAGCACUGGCCCCCCUGGCCUGUCUUUACAUGAUGUUCUGCGUGGAACAAUAAUUUACAGAUGUUAUUUAUUUUUCCGAUGACAUUCAGUUUUUUACAGGCUUAUUCAUGGAGGCAAUGCAAAGAACAAUGAUGUUAAAAAAA